AUGGAUAAAGAAAAUAUUGAUUUUUCAGAUGUUGAAAAAUUUUUAUUAACUCACUAUAUUAAAUGUCCUACUCACAAAAGGUCUGUAAUAUAUUUAAGACUAGAUGAUGAGGAAGAUCCUUAAGUUAUUAAAUGCCAAAAAUGCUUAGAUGAAAAGAAAUAUAAAUGCUUUAUUGAUAUGAUUGAAUUGCUUUAAAGCGAUAAUCACUUUAUUUUUUAGAAAUGGCCUAUUCAUGAUGAUGAUUAAAUCUAUGAAAAGCUUGAAUAAAUUAGUCUAUGGCCAUUUGCUAAAUACUGCCAAGAAAUAAAUCUUUUAUUUGAUGAAAUAAUUGAAGCAAUUUAAUCAAAAAGAAAAAGUAUUUUAAAAAAUCUUGGAUUGAUUGAAGAAAUAACAUAAAAACCUUUAAAUUUCUUUAAAGAAAUAUGCUAAAAGGAAAAGUUAAUAGACAUAAUUAAAACAUAAUUUGGUGAUUAAAAAAAACAAAAUGAGAUGAUUUUAAAUAUUAUCAAAUAAAAUCAAGAGAAUUAUGAAAAAAACAAAAAGUUAUUAGUAGAAUUAAUUAAUUAAGCUAAUAAAAACUUAUUUAGUUUAAGUAAAAUUUAAAAUAUUAAGGAGGAAGUGUUAUCAUCAAUAAACAAAUUAAACACUUUUGAUGAUUUAUAAGUAAUAGUUGAUUAGUCUAAUAAUAUAACUAUCGAAAAUUAUGACUAAUGUUUUAAAAAAAUAAAGAUAACUAAAAUUGAAGAAUUCAAUAAAUAUUAUGAUUACUAAAAAAUUAAAAUUGAUUUUGGAGAAUAAUAAUUAACAUUUUAAGACAUUUAAACCAUUUCGCAGUCGCUAAAUAAAUUCAAAAAAAUUAAUGAAUUUACACUUAGGAUAUCUGGUAUUUAAAUUGGUAAUGAAGAAAUGUACGAAAUCAUCAAAGGAUUAUAUAAGCACAAAACACUCACAAAGUUGAAACUUAAGUUUAAAUUAAAUGUAUUUAAAUCUGCAGGAGCUCAAUAUAUUGCAAAAUUUAUAAAAUAAAAUAAAAAUUUAGUUAAACUACAUCUCAAUCUAAAUCUUGAUGAUAUUAAGUAAGAAGGAGCUUCAAGCAUAGCUGAUGCAAUAGAAACAUGCUAAAAUCUAAAUAAUUUGGCUCUUUAUUUUUAAAGAAACUAUUAUGAUGCUGAAGGAAUCGAAAACAUUGCAAGAGCGAUCGAAAAACAUUAAAAAUUAGAAAUACUAAAAAUAGAUUAUUAAUCAAAUUAUAUGGAAGAUGAAAUAACUUAAAUUAUAUCUAAUGCUUUAGGAAAAAAUAAAAAUCUUACAGAGCUCGAUCUUAAUUUUGACUCUUGUAGUAUUGAAGAUGAAGGAGCUUUCUAUAUUGGAGAUGCAUUAGCUAAAUUAUUAAAUCUUUAAAUAUUAAAACUAUCUCUUAGAAAUAAUGAAAUCGGAGUUAAAGGUGCUUAAAAAAUAAUAAAAGAUUUAGAAAAUAAUAGAAAAAUUUAAGAUCUUCAUAUAAACUUAAGCGAUUCUGAAGAAAUUUGCCAAUUAGGUAAUAGAAAUUUAGUAAGAAAUACAUUUAAUGAGUUCAAAAAAAAACUAAAACAAUAAUUAUAGUUGCUUCUUUGA